AAGCCAUUUUGGAGCUCCUUCGAAGUGCGGUGGAGAUCUCCUCAACCUUCCAGAGCUUUGAUGAAAGAUGGAGGAGGCUCCAACGCAUGUGCCACAGGCCGAGGAGACGCCCAGCGUGGAAGAUCUCGUGGACCCGAUGCCACUGGACCGGCCAGCCAAGAUGCGAAGAAUGGAGGAGCCAGCUACUCGUAGCGAGUCAUCAGCGUCACCGGAGAAGGGGAUCAGCCGAGCGGAUUCCCAAAACAUGAUCCUCCGCAUGAGCCAGAAGGGAAUGUCGGUGGACGCCAUUGCAGACGUGUGGAACGUGGAAGCUGUGGAAAUCGUAAAGACGCUCGAGCUGAUGCGAUCUGGAAAGGACAGCCAAAGCAGCACUGAAGUGGGGCAUGGCUGGACUGCCUGGGUGAAGCGACUUGUGGAGGACCCUCCUGAGCUUUGCUGUCCCAUAUCCCAGGAGUUGAUGGAAGAUCCUGUGGUCGCGGCAGAUGGAAUCACUUACGAAAGGCGUUGCAUCGCAGAGUGGUUUCAGUCGAACUCGGGCAGCCCAACCACUCGUGAGACUUUGUGGACUCAUGUGCUCAACCCCAGUCAGCACAUGAAGUCCGCGGUUAUCGCAUACAAGGAGAAAACAGUUCAGGAGAUUUUGUCCGUGGCCUCUCAAGUACCGACUGACGAUGCGCUGAAAUUGCUUUCGAGAGGUGAGCAGUUUGUCCGUGCGUCCUUGCCCGAUGCAUCUGCCAAGAAGAAGCUGUCUUCGUUGCUGCUCUUUCGGGGAAAGCGGAUGCCGCCAGGAAAUCGUCGUGCAGUCAUUGAAGAACUCGUGCCUAUGCUUCUAGAGGUUAGAGACAUGUCACAACUUCAGGAGUUGUUGGCAGACAUGGACGGGCAAGAGGUUCUGUGGUUCCUUCGCCAAGUAGAUGAGGAUAUGAUCAAAUCCUUGAGUGUGCCAGGCCCCCACAGGAUCUUGGUCUGCAAGGAGCUUACUCGCAGAAUCACAGAUUCGGCGAUCGCAGACGCACAAGCUGAGCGCUUGGGUUUCCUUUGGGACUUCCUUCUCCAACAAAAGGAUAACCAUGGUGACCAAGACUGGGUGCAAGCAGCAUCUUUAAUGCUGGCAGGUUUCCAUGGUAGACUGACAGCGAGACUGGAACAGCUUGACACGAAAUUGCUCCACCAUGCCUGCACUUUCCUGCAAAGCAAAGAGAGCGCCACUUCCUUCGCGAGGGACUUUUUCGGUUCCGACCUUGGCAUUUCCACCUUGGAGAAGUGGCCACCCAGCAAUUCGGCAUCCAUUCUUGUCGAACUGGCCUCGCGCAUGGACGACGACAAAGAUGAGGCGAAGCUGGACUUGCUUGUUGAAGCGCAUGGCAUUGAUGACUCUGAUGCACGUGUGUGUCGUGCCCUGUCGAAGCAGAUUUGUCGAUGUAUGUUGCGCCAACGCACGACAAGCGACAGCAAGCAUUUAGAAGGGUUGCUUCUGAACGUACAACUAGAGAACGAGGACAUUCCUGCAGAGGUGCUAUCCAAACUAUCCCUUGAGCAAGAAAGUCUCAAGAAUUUGCGUGGCUCGCAGCUCAUGCUUCUUGCAAAGAUGCUCGAAAAGGCCAACCGACGAGCAGAUGGAGCUCGGGUAGCUGUUGCCGCUGCAGAAGCCUUCUCUGCAGAUGAGAAGGAAGACAAAUUUUAUGGGGCCGUCACAUAUGCGCACUAUCUAGAUCGCACAAACGACGAUGCAUCCUUGAUGCUGUGCAACCUUCUUGGAAGUAUCCGAGGCAAGUGCAACGAACUUGAGAAGGCUCAACAAACAACAAAAGAGCUUCAGAGGGCUCAAGAGGCAGAGUGCAAGCAACUCAGCAAAAGAUGCCAAGAGCUUGAGAAGGCUCAGCAAGCUAUCAAACCUUCUGUGUGGCACUUGACAUGGGAUUUGUCAGGCUACGACUUCACCAACUUCACCGAAGGUCAGCGGCAGCUCAGCGAAAAGUUCCAGCUCGGGGCGUCCGGCGUCGCGGCGUGGCUCUGUUUGGUUCCCAAGGCUUCGCCAAACAAGGCCUCGCUGUAUCUUUACGUGAGCGAGCCCGUCCUGGUGAAGUGGAGGUUUCAAGUGGGCAGUUGGGAAGACACUAUAGAGUGGGAAUUUGCAAAAAAGGAAGAUGGCAGCUUGAAAGGCCGUGGUUGGAGAAAGGCAAUCCGGAUUUCGAACCUCGCUUCGGGCAUCGCCUUCGAUCUGCUGAGCGUCCGCCGCGCCGGGUCCUCCUUGCGGUUGGUCGCUCCGGGCUCUGGGUUCCGGGCUCCAUCAUCGAAGGAGCUUGUGCAGCUCGAUUGACUUGCGCAGGCUCUUUGCCGGGUUUGUGCCGGUUUAGACUCGACGAGG